AUGAGCGCACGCGGGGAAGGCGCCGGGCAGCCGUCCACUUCGGCGCAGGGACAACCUGCCACCCCGACGCCCCAGAAGAGAGGACGCGGUCGACCCAGGAAGCUGCCGCAAGAGCCAGCUGGUGAGCCUUCUCCUAAGCGACCCAGGGGGAGACCCAAAGGCAGCAAAAACAAGAGUCCCUCCAAAGCAGCUCAAAAGAAAGCAGAAGCCACUGGAGAAAAACGGCCAAGAGGCAGACCUAGGAAAUGGGUAGAAAAAUCUCCUCAUGAAUGCGAAACUGCUGUCAAGAAAGGAAUUUUCACAAGCUCCAAUGAUGAUGAUGGCUGUCCAAUUCAGUCCCCUGACAUAAAGAAUUUGAUACAUUAA